AUGGAGAGACAGAAGUUUCCAUUCACCAUUGACAGUAUACUGAACAGAUUUCCAAGUAACAGUGAGGAGAGUAGGCAGUCUGGUGCCACCCACAACCCUGUACCAAGUGAGGUUGGAGCAAGAUCAGAGAGUAUUACUGCUGGGAGCCACAUAGAACAUCCACAGCACACCUGUUCAUGCUGCUGCUACUGCUCCCACUGCGGAGAGGUGUUCCAGGCUGACUAUCCUCCUGAAACAUGCCAAUAUGCAUGGUCCAGAAGAAUGUUUCCGGAGCCAUGCAGGCCAGGAGGAAAUACCCACAGAGAGGAGCAGUCCUUCAGUCAGGUCCAGAGGCGCACCCGGCGACACCGCACCAUAUUCACCGAGGAUCAGCUGGACGCUCUGGAAGAGCUGUUCCUUCAGAACCAGUAUCCAGAUGUGAAGACGCGGGAAAAACUAGCACUGAGUACUCAUUUACACGAAGAGCGAGUAGAGGUGUGGUUUAAAAACCGAAGAGCAAAGUGGAGGCGACAAAAAAGAACAGCAUUUAGUGUGCGAAACUUGGAAAACUAGAAGAUUAUGC